AGUAGGCAGCUCACCAGAUUUUGAGACACAUCCGAAGAAUCCCGCCCAGUGUUUGACAUAAAACAACUGUGAUGUGACAGUGCGCAGAACGAAAGCAACAGAUCCCGCUAAUCAUGUUCUCCUCCGCUCUUGUAAGAGCCGAUCACGUCGCAGCUCGUGGCGCUAGAAAUUUUGCGCCAAUUCAUGAAGUCGUCGCGCGAACCCUGAAGUCGCAAACUAGCGAUUUAAACUGGCAGAGCACAUCAGCAGUGACAGGUAAACGCAAAACCAUAGAUGACCUACCGGGACCCAGUCUGGCCGCCACAGCGUACUGGCUUUUCGUGAAAGGAUAUGCGGAUAAAAGUCACGCAAUGCAGGUGGAGCACAAACGCCUGUAUGGUCCAAUCUGGCGCUCCCGGUUUGGGCCAUUUGAUUUGGUGAAUGUAGCGACAGCAGAACUGAUCGCACAGGUCAUCAGACAGGAGGGCCGGUACCCGGUGCGGACGGACCUGUCACACUGGAGAGAGUACAGAGACAUGAGGGGACAAGCGUAUGGACUUAAUGUGGACACAGGCCCUGAGUGGUAUCGCAUGCGCAGUGCUCUGAACCCAAAGAUGCUCAUUCUGAAGGAAGUAUCAGCGUAUGCGCCCAUCAUUCACGAGGUGGUGUCUGAUCUGUUAAAGCGCUUGGAGCUUCUGCGUCUGCGCAGUCAGGACCAGGUCACCAUCAACGACCUGGCCGCUGAGCUCUACAAAUUUGGCUUUGAGGGAAUCUCCUCUGUCCUGUUUGAAACACGGUUAGGUUGUUUACAGGAGGAUAUUCCCACAGACACUCUUCGCUUCAUAUCUGCUGUUAACGACAUGUUGACGCUCUCUGAGACUGUUCUAUUCUUCCCGCGCUGGACACGUCGCAUCCUCCCCUUCUGGAAACGGUUUGUCCAGGCGUGGGAUGACUUGUAUGACGUAGCCCGACAUCUGAUUGACAAGAAGGUGAAGCAGAUACAAGCUCAGAUUGAUCGUGGAGAGCAGGUGGAGGGCAUGUAUCUCACAUACCUGUUGUCCAGCAACAAACUCAGCUUAGCCGAGGUGUAUAUCAGCAUCACAGAGCUUCUGCUGGGUGGUGUGGAUACGACCUCGAACACACUAUCAUGGACCUUAUACCACCUUGCGCGUGAAUCAGAGGUACAAAAACGCCUCUAUGACGAGAUUGUGUCGGUGUGUCCUAAUAAAGAGCCGCCCACCACAGAACACCUGACCAGGAUGCUCUACAUGAAGGCGAUUAUCAAAGAAACUCUCAGGAUGUAUCCUGUUGUCCCUGGUAAUGGACGCCUGACUGUGGACACGGAAGUAAUUGUGGAUAAUUAUUGGUUCCCUAAGAAGACACAGUUCCAUCUUUGCCACUACGCUGUGAGUCACGAUGAAAGUGAGUUUCCGAAUGCAGAGCGCUUUGUUCCAGAGCGCUGGCUGAGGGGGAGCCCGUGUCGCUCUCAGCAUCACCCUUACAGUUCAGUCCCGUUUGGGGUUGGCGUACGGGCCUGCGUGGGAAAGAGGGUUGCAGAGCUGGAAAUGUACUUUGCACUGAGUAGACUGAUUCAACAUUAUGAGGUUAAAGCCGAGAAAGGGGCCCCACUGAUAGAGCCCAAGACCCGAACCCUGCUCAUUCCCUCUAAACCCAUUAACCUGCAGUUUAUCCCUCGGGCCUGAAGAGAAACCACCAAGCUAAUCAAAUAUGAUUAAAUAACUCCUGCGGGGUCUCAGCCACAAACCUGCUUUUGAGGUAUUGCCUAUCUAGGGUGGAAGAUGGAAAUGGGCCAGUCAAAAAUAUUAAAGUCUAAUUUUGAUGCUCAUAAAUAUUGAGCUCAACUAUUUUAAUAAAUAGUUACAGAUGAGGACUUGGAUUGUCUUCUGAGUAUUUAAACAAGCUUUCGCCAAGCUUUUUCCCUCGCCAAGUUUGUUUCUAUCCAGUGUUCCUUGCAAUGCUAUAAGUGCUCUUAUAAGAGAGACGAAGACUGUCUUUGUGCUGCUGGCAGUGACUGAACAAAACUGAGCUGUUUAGCAUCUGAUCGAGCGAAUUCGUUUUUUACUGAGGGUCAUGUUUUUUUUGCUGCUUUCACUGUAAUUUGUCAUUUAAUUCAUGGUAUUAAUACAGAUUAUGAACUUAUCAUGAUUUGACUGAAAUGGACAUAUUCAUAAUUUGAAAACACGCUUUUCCCUUUGAUAUUUUUUCAUUAAAAAGCAUAAAGGGAGGAAACGUGAGAGUGGAUCAAUUAGUGCUGAUGUUUUUGAGCACGGUUGAAAGCUAAGGACAGAAAAUGUAAUUCAGUAUUUAAUUACAAAUUAUAUUACCAGUAUAACAAUUUAAGGGGAAAGUUUCAUUGAAACAAAUAACACUGCAUUAAUGACAACCUGCCCUCAAGCUGGCAUGGACUCCACAAGUUUUCGGAUCUACUGUAUGUUAUCUCAACAUGAAUUGAGAAAGUUCCAAGGGAAUCUAAGCUUUUGUACAAAGGAGUUGACAUGGUUAAUGCAACAAGCUUUUUUACAUUUGAUCAGUGCCAUAAAUAGUGUAGAAUCUUCAACAUUUUCAGAAUCUUUAAACUUUAUGUCCAUGUUUAAAUGGAAUCAAUAUGGACUUUUGAACCCCAGCUCUUGGUUAAUUUAUUUAAAUAAAUCUGUUGCCAAAUUGCCUGCAUGUUGGCUUACAUCUUGAUUUUUUUUUCUUUCAAAUGUCAUACUCAUUUUAUGUUGUGAUAACCACUGUAAUGUCAUUGUAAUAGAUGAAAUAUUCUUAUGUAGAUCAAGAGCAGUUGAUCAGUGAGUUUCAGUUGCAGUGUAGUAAUAUUGCAACAAGGAUGUCCAGUAGAGUUAUUCAAUACACAAUUGCAUGCGGUUCUCAGUUGCUCAAGUGUUUAACUGAGGAAGCCACUUGGAUGAGUGGCAGCGCAUUGAGCAACUGAACUACAGUAGUAUAGCUACUUGACAAUUUUGAUGGCUUGGAUCACUGAUAUCUUUCAUAGAAAUAUUACAACAAAUAACAGCGAAUAAUACAUUAUGUUUGGAAAAAUUUGUUUCAAAUAAUAAUGACACUUUCUGUUAUACCAAACACUGUGUACUCUUUAAGUGCAAAAGCAUUUUAAUAAAUGGCUUUGGGUAAAAUUGGCUAAA